CGCUCUCGUGGCACUUACUACGUUGAAGGCACCACUCUGGGUGAAAGGACAACGCCUGAAGCAAGGGAAUGCUCUCAAAGCUCACUUAGUGCGGAGAGAAAAACCAUCGGGCAGAGAAGCGCCGUCAAUAGCGGCCCGAAACAGGACGGCGAGCGGUCAGCAAAAACCUCCCAGGAGCAGCCUGUGCCUGGCCGGCGGGACUGGUCGAGUAGCCAAGAAGGAGGCCGGGGAGCUGGGGCCGUGGUGCUAGGCGGGCUCGGAGUUGUGCGAGAUCUGGUCAUAGACCCCGUAGGAUAGCCCGCAGUCCACCUCUAUUCUAAACGCAAUGGGAAGCCAUUGAGAGACCUUCAUCCGAGGAGUGAUGUGGUCUUACUCAGAUGUGUAUUUUAAAGAUCAUUCUGCUGUCUUGUGACGAAGGCCGGACGGGUUGGGGGCAGGCCAGUCUGCUUCUGGCAACCAAGUCAGGACCAGGACCCAGGAACUUGCCAGGAGCGCAGAGUCUUCUGUGAGCAGCCUCCGGAACCGGGAACCCGAUUGGUAGUGAGAUGGAGGGCGCGGCGGAAGUUCAAGGCGGGCACUUCCUGUCCGGCCGCUCUGGCGCUCAGGGCCUGGCGUGUGCGAGGGGCGCGUCCACCCGUGUCCGAGCUGAUUUUGCCCACCUCCUUGGGAAAAGCUCAGAGAUCCGAUGAUAGCCGUCAAGCAGCUCCUUCCUGAUGAGCCCCAGGUCUCAGUUUCCUUUGAGGAAGUGGCUGUGCUCCUCUCCUGGGAGGAGUGGGGCUGUCUGGGCCCCGCUCAGAAAGGCCUCUACAGGGACGUGAUGCUGGAAACCUACAGAAAUCUGGUCUCGCUGGGACUUCAACGUUCCAAACCUGAUGUCAUCUCCAGGCUGGAGAAGGGGGAAGAACCAUGGGCCCCACACUCACUGAGAAUUGAGGAGAGCUGGAUCCGGAAUCACAGGAGUGGAAGUUUUGAGUCUCUAAUGGAAAAAAAGGAAUUAACUCCAAAACAGGAAAUUUCCAAAGCAGUGGAGUCCCAGAGAGCAAAACCAGAAGAACAUGCAAGAAAUAUAUCCAAGGAAUCUGAUUUUGAAGAAAUGUGUAAAACUGAGGGAAAGAUAAAGAAUUACUGGGGAAAAUCUACAGUGGAAAGACUUAAGAAAUCCUUCUCCCAGAAGAACAAUUCCAGACCGGUGACAUUGACACGUGUGAAAACCCCUAUGGGGGAAGGCCAGAUAUCCGGUUCCAUGGAGGUAAACUGCACUGCAGACCCAAACCCUGUCGGAUUUCAUCGAGGGUCUAGAGGGGAGAGUCUCCACCAGAAUGUGCCACAUGUAGAUGACUUUCAACAAACUCAGGACCUCAUUAAUCUCCCAUGUUUCCAUCUAGGAGAAAGAUCAUGUCAGACAGAUAUGUUUGUGAAAGUGGCCAGGCAGAGUUCAGUUCCUGGUGAGAGUCAGAGGGUUAACAGGCCAAAGAAAUCCUUUGAGUGUACUGAGUGUGGAAAACCUUUCAGCCGGAGUAGAGCUCUUUCUCAACAUGGGAGUAAUCACACCAGAGAGAAGCCCUUUGAGUGUGGUGGAUGUGGAAAAACUUCUUGCCACUGCUCUGUCUUUAACCAACAUCAGAGAGUUCACUGUGGAGAGAAGCCCCACACGUAUGCUGAGUGCGACAAAGCUUCCAGGGCUCAUGCCUACUUCAUUCAGAACCAUAACAUUCACACUGGAGAAAGACUUUAUGAGUGCAGUGAAUGUGGAAAAGCUUUCAGUACGUGUUCAUCUUCUAGUCAACAUCUUAAGAUUCAUACUGGGCAGAAACCUCAUGAGUGUAAUCAGUGUGGGAAAGCCUUCGGUCAUAGCUCUAACCUGAUUCAUCAUCAGAGAACUCAUAGCGGAGAGAAACCUUACACGUGUAAGGAAUGUGGGAAAGCUUUUAGUAGACAGUCACACCUCCUUCAGCAUGAGAGAACUCAUUCUGGAAAGAAACCUUAUGACUGUACUGAGUGUGGCAAAGCCUUCAGUGCACGAUUAUCUCUCAUUCAACAUCAGAGAAUUCACACAGGAGAAAAACCCUAUGAAUGCAAUGAAUGCGGGAAAUCCUUUAGCCUGAACCGAACCCUUAUCGUUCAUCAGAGAAUUCAUACUGGAGAGAAACCCUAUAGGUGUAAUGAAUGUGGGAAAUCCUUCAGUCAACGUUCCCAAGUCAUUCAGCACAAGAGAAUUCACACUGGUGAGAAGCCUUAUAUAUGCAAUGAGUGUGGAAAAUCAUUCAGCGCUCGCCUGUCCCUUGUCCAGCAUCAGAGAAUUCACACUGGAGAAAAACCUUAUGGAUGCAAUGAGUGUGGGAAGACAUUCAGUCAAAAGGGACAUCUGAUUCAGCAUCAGCGAAUUCACACUGGAGAAAAACCCUAUGAGUGUAAUGAGUGUGGAAAAGCCUUCAGCCAGAGUUUUAAUCUCAUUCAUCAUCAAAGGACACACAAUGGUGAGAAGCCCUAUGAAUGUAAUGAGUGUGAUAAAGCCUUCAGUGUGCUCUCUUCCCUUGUUCAACAUCAGAGAGUCCAUAAUGGUGAAAAGCCCUAUGAGUGUCACAAAUGUGGGAAGGCUUUUAGCCAGGGCUCACACCUCAUUCAGCAUCAGAGGAGCCACACUGGAGAGAAACCCUAUGAGUGUAACGAGUGUGGGAAAACCUUUGGGCAGAUAUCCACCCUAAUUAAACAUGAGAGAACACACAAUGGAGAGAAGCCCUAUGAGUGUGGAGACUGUGGAAAAGCCUUCAGCCAGAGUGCACACCUUGUCCGCCAUCGAAGGAUUCACACUGGAGAGAAUCCCUACGAGUGCAGUGACUGCGGGAAGGCCUUCAACGUCCGCUCCUCUCUUGUCCAGCAUCACAGAAUUCAUACAGGAGAGAAGCCUUAUGAAUGUGAGAAGUGUGGCAAGGCCUUCAGUCAGCAUUCACAAUUUAUUCAGCAUCAGAGGAUUCACACUGGAGAGAAGCCCUAUAUGUGCAAUGAAUGUGAGAAAGCCUUCAGUGCACGCUUGUCCCUUAUCCAACACAAGAGAAUUCACACAGGAGAGAAACCCUACAAAUGCACUGAAUGUGGAAAAUCCUUCCGACAAAGCUCUCACCUCAUUCGUCAUCAGAGAGUUCACAGUGGAAAACGACCUUAUACGUGUAAUGAAUGUGGGAAGACUUUUAGUCAGAGAAUAACUCUUACUGGUCAUGAGAAAAUUCACACUGGAGAGCAAGCCUAUAAGUGUAUUAAUUGUGGGGCCCUCUUUAGUGCACAGGCAGCUUUCAUUCAGCAUCGUAAAGUUCACAAUGGAGAAUAACUCCACUUUAUUUGAUAGUCUUCCCUGUUUUACAUCAGAAGCAAUAUACUGAUGGGAAAGCUGUCACUUUUACAGCUUUCAUUUUGGAGAUUCGUCUCUCCAGUGAUUUAAGAUCUCCCAGUGUGCUGUUAACUAAAGGUAGGCUGCAAAAUUAUGUGCUAAAAAUUCCAAGGUCACAUGCCUUCCCUCAGAUUCAGAGGGUGGCCCUGUGCUUCAGUACUUUAAACAAGCACGGCUUAAAUAUACUUAUUUAAAAUCAUGUUUUCAUAGCACCAGAUCUUGAGGUGCAGUGAGGUAUUUUAUGUGCUCACUUGCUUUUCUUUCCUUGUACUCAUCUAUUUCAGGUUCAAGAAAAGUUCACUGGAAUCCUUGCGCUUUCAAUCAUGAUAGAGCCAUGUUGGGAUUUGUUAGGGCCUCUUCAAAAUGUUUUCGUUCUAUUGUGAGGAAUAUCCCUUUAACUUCAAAAAUGUUAUCCCUUUUCAGCAUCAGGUAAUUCAGACAGGAGAGAAACCUUAUGAGCUUGAGCAAAGUUUGUUAAGGAACGACAUGAGGCUUAUGUGUAGAUUGAAACUUGUAAGAUCCUGCUAAGGAGUCGAAUGACACAAGUAAAAUGGGUUUUUCUACAAGGUAAUUGGGAAAGACAAAAUCCUGUGAAUUGGGAGGAAAGCAGCCAUAAAGUAGACACACAGUGGUAUAUGGGAUAUGACUUAACAGGUUUUGUUCUCAAAACCAAGGUUGGUGUAUUCCGUAUCAGUUUCUCAGGGGGAGAAGGUGAGUGGUCAUAACUGUGUUCUGGGCAGCCUGGCACUGAGCAGACUCUGGUGAGGAGUGGCAGGUCCUUCUGCUGCCAGAGGACAGGAUUCCAGGUGAGGUAGGUAAGUAGAUAAUUGUGCAGGUUGUUUGUCAGCCUGGGAACUCUUGUGUGCAUGUUUUAAAGCUGCCUUUUGUCCUCCAGAGUGAUGUUGGUCAGCAAGGUCUCAGUGUCCUUUGGUUCUUGAUAUUUGAGAUGACAAAUAUCCUAGGAGCUCUGUUUUCCUAAAGCCAGUUUCCAGAGUUGCCACCCUUGCCUGUGGUGCUUCUGGGCCAGGUUCCCUUGUGAGUGGUUCACUUCAGUAUCCUCAGAACCCUGUUCUCCAGAAACUUCUUUAGCACUUUUUCCUACUUUCUUUGUGGAGGAAAGAUUAACAUCAAAAUGGUCUGAAACAGGCUAUAAAUAAAUAGAAAUUCAGCAACAGCAGUCUGUGAGAAACAGUUGUAGAAGCUGAAAUCUGACGACUGAAAGCAGCUUGGAGUCUUUGAUGAACAAUUUGAAUGCCAUAUGAACAAACACUUGAGAGGAGAUUGACCAGUUAAUAUUUGGGAUAAGCUAUAAUGGAAUGGUGCUUUGUAUAUAAGAAUCAGGGUAAGAAAGAAUAAGUGAGAGCAGUUGGCCAUUUUAUUCCCUUAUAGUGUCAUUUUCACUAAUAAAAUUAUUCCAGUUUUCCCAUUUAUUAAAGGAGCUUUCUUAGAAUUUGGCUCCAUUCUUUUUUCUUACAUUGACUUGACCUGUACUUCAGAUUUUAUUUUCCAGGCUGUUGUCCAUAUGGUAGUGGCAGUGGUCUUUACUUCUCUUAGAAUGUUGAAAAGCUGAUUAGAAAAAUCUGCCUCUUGAUGAUAAUCCUCCUAAGCAUACUUCACCGCAAAUAGCUUUGACUUAAAAAAUGAAAAUGGGAGUGAAUUUACUGUGACAAUAAUGGUUGUAUGCUGAAUGAAAAUUGUGAUUCAGUCAAUAAACCUUUACUUUUUUACCUUA